AUGGUUCACACUUCAUCCGCCGUUGUUUUUGGUGCCAUCGCUCUCAAUGCCGCUUCCGCGCUCGCUACCCCCAUGAAUGUCGUUGACACUACCAGUCACCAGGCUCGCGAUGUCAAUGAAAACAACUCUCAGCUUGAGGAGCGUAGGAUCGGCUCCUUCUUGGGCAAAGCCGCUCCUUUCUUGCCGCUCCUUAGCUUCAUCCCCGGCCUCGGCGGACAACAACGUCGAGAUGUCGACGAACUCGAAGCUCGUCGCUUGAGGGAUACUCUCAAGAACGCCGCGCCGUGGGCACCAUUGGUCCCUCUUGCCCUUGACUUCUUCAAGUCUAAGCCAGCACAAGCCCCUGCUGAGCCUGCCCCGAUCCCUCCCCAGCGCCGCGAAAUCGAGGAGUUCCUCGGCCGCGAUUUAUCUGAUCACGAAGCCCGUGGCCUGGGCAAAUUCCUGGGCAAGGCUGCUCCCUUCAUCCCCUUCCUCAGCAUGAUCCCCGGCUUUGGCGGACAACAACGACGCGACGUCAAUGACCUCGGCGUCUGGGGUCCACUCAUCCCAGCUGGCUUGCACGCAGCCAACGGUGGUGAGCGGAUGGGCCCUCCUCCCCCUCAACGCCGCGAGAUCGAGCAGAUGCUCGAAAGGGAAUUGACCGACGUCGAGGCCCGUGGCUUGGACGGCAUCCUCGAUACCGUCAGCCAGAUCGCCCCGUGGCUCCCAAUGAUCGGUGGUAUGCUCCCCGAAAGCAAGCCCAGGCCACCUAAGGUCCCCACCAAGCCUGCUGCCCUCCGUGGCAAGCCCAAGCGUUCAGAGGAAGCCGACGAGUCACUCGAAGCCCGUCGUCUACGCAGCACCUUUGACAAAGUGGCACCAUGGGGCACUGUCAUUGGCAUCGGUGCUGAUCUCAUCAGGCAAAAGCUGUCUCCCAAACCUGCACCUGCACCCGUCGACCCGAACGCACCUGCACCCGCUCCCGUGCGCCGGGACACUCAAGAGGACAAUGAACUCGAAGCGCGUGCUACUCCCAAGGGCGCAAAGAGUGGGAAAUCGACUUUGAGCCGGAUUGGUAGCGGCCUUGGUACCGCUGCUGCAUUCGCCCCUCUCAUUGGCCUUGGGAUCGAAGCAGUCAAUCAGGGACAAAUGCGACGCGACAUUGACGAGCAGUUCUGGGCUCGUGGCGUUGAAGAUGAUGAAGGCCUCGAGGCACGCGAUUUUGUUGAAGAAUUCUCCGCUCGCGGCGUCGAAGAUGAUGAUCAACUUGAAGCACGCGCCCCUCCCAAGGCUGGAAAGAGCGGAAAGUCUACCUUGAGCAGGAUCGGUAGCGGACUUGGUACAGCUGCCGCAUUUGCUCCCUUGAUCGGCCUGGGGCUCUCUGCGCUCACCCAGGGACAAAGGCGACGCGACCUUGAGGACCAAUUCUGGGCUCGCGAUGCUGAAGAUGACGACCACCUCGAAGCACGUGCGACUCCCAAGGGUGGAAAGUCCACCUUAAGCAGAAUCGGCAGUGGCCUUGGUACAGCCGCUGCAUUUGCUCCACUCGUUGGCCUUGGUCUCGAUGCCGUCACUCAAGGCCAGAUGCGACGCGAACUCUACGAAGAGUUCUUCGCUCGCGAUGCCGAAGACGAAUUGGAAGAGCGCGACUUCGAUGACGCCGACGAUCUAGUCGCCCGCGACUUGGAGGAGCUGUUGGGCCGAGAACUGACCGACAUUGAGGCGCGUGGCUUCGGAACGAAACUCGGAAAGGUUGCCCCUUACGUCCCCCUCAUCGCUACUGGCCUUUCAUUGUUCGGUGGGAUGGGCCAGGCUCGCCGCGAUGUUUCUGAAGAGCUCAUGGAUAUCUUCCAUCGUGAACUCUCGGAAUCUUUAGAAGAUUUAGAUUGA